AUGUCCACUGUGGGUGGGGAGAGGCCUGGGGCCGCGGGGGGCGAGGGCCCCGAAACUGCUCGCCCCUUCAGCUUCAGCCCGGAGCCCACGCUCGAGGACAUCCGCCGCCUCCAUGCUGAGUUUGCUGCUGAAAGAGACUGGGACCAGUUCCACCAACCUCGGAACCUCCUCCUGGCCUUGGUGGGGGAAGUGGGGGAGCUAGCAGAGCUCUUUCAGUGGAAGCCCGAUGGGGAGCCUGGUCCCCAAGCCUGGCCCCCUAAGGAGCGGACAGCCCUUCAAGAGGAGCUUAGUGACGUCCUCAUCUACCUGGUAGCAUUAGCAGCCCGCUGCCGUGUGGAUCUUCCCCAAGCAGUGCUCUCCAAGAUGGACACCAACCGGAGGCGCUACCCAGCACAUCUGUCCCGUGGCUCUUCUCGCAAGUACACAGACCUGCCCCGUGGGGCCACCUCCGAAGACCAGACUGUGGGGACUGCAGACCUUGCCUGUGAGUCCACUGGUCAGGCCUCAACCUAG